AUGGAAGCUUCUGGUCUCUUCCUUCCCCAGCUGCCUGCAGGGAGCCUGCAGCUCACUCUCUACCAGUAUAAAACGUGUCCUUUCUGCAGCAAAGUCCGAGCUUUUCUUGAUUAUCAUGGACUGCCCUAUGAAAUUGUGGAAGUGAACCCAAUAAUGAGGAAAGAAAUCAAAUUCUCUUCCUACAGAAAGGUGCCUAUCCUGCUAGCCAAUGCUGGGAGCCCUCUGCAAUUGAAUGACUCUUCGGUGAUCAUCAGUGCAAUAAAGACCUAUCUCAUUUCCAAGAGGAAUACCUUAGAAGAGAUCGUGUCCUUUUACCCUCCUGUGAAAACUGUGACUGACCAAGGCAAGGAGGUAUUUGAGUACGGGAAUAAGUACUGGCUCAUGCUGGAUGAGAAGGAGACAAAGCGAGUCUACCCUGUCAAGGAAGUGAGAGUGGAAGAAAUGAAGUGGAGAAAAUGGGCAGACGAUUGGCUUGUUCACCUCAUCUCCCCCAAUGUUUAUCGUACCCCAAGAGAAGCCUUGGCAUCUUUUGAUUACAUCGUCCGUGAGGGGAAGUUUGGCACCAUGGAAGGUUUAUUUGCCAAGUACGUGGGGGCUCUUGCCAUGUUCUUCGUUAGCAAGAGGCUGAAGAAAAGGCAUAACCUUAGAGAUGAUGUCCGACAAGACUUGUACGAAGCAGUUAAUGAGUGGGUAAAAGCUGUUGGCAAACAUCGACUGUUCAUGGGUGGAAACCAGCCAAACCUUGCGGACUUGGCAGUGUACGGGGUCCUCCGUGUCAUGGAAGGGCUGGAAGCCUUCGACGACAUGAUGGUUCACACCAAGGUUCAGCCUUGGUACCAGCGCAUGGAAGAAGUCAUUCAAAAAGCUGAAGUUGCAGUCUGAUGCCAGCUGCAGCUGCCUUCCUGAAGUACUUGCAUGGUAAAAAAAAAAC